AAGCAAUCUUCCUUACUUCAAUAUUACCUUUGUCGACUCCUGCUAUCUGCAUAAUGUGGAAUCCAGUGACCGCCCCUUUCCAGAACUCCCAGCCACUGCCUCCUCUACCUACAACAGAUGAAAUCCGAGCUUGCACCAAUUUUCUGUGGGAGACCAUGGCCUCUAAUAUCGUGGCGGUGAACGACGAUAUCGUUGUAAAAUAUGGAGGUUGUAUAAACGUCUGGGAAGGCCAGGCGUUGGUUUACCUUGAACGACACGUCCCAGAAGUUCCAGCGCCUCGACUGUACGCGAUGUACCAUGAUUCCAAGCAACUUUUCUUGAUCAUGCAACGCGUUCCCGGGGUGCCGCUGAAUUCCAUUUGGACAUCAUUGGCGCACUCGGAGAAGGACGACAUUAUCGCCAAACUCCAACUAAUAUUCGACGCAAUGCAAAAGGCCGAGUGUCCGUGGCCCGACUUUUUCGGGGGUCUAGACGGGGGCAGUGUACAUCACUACCUAUUCUAUAGCCAACAUGGCGAUGAGAAGUUUCUAGGGCCUUUCUCCGGCGAACCGGCCUUUAUUGCGGGCCUGGUUGGUAAUUACAGAGCUGUGGUCGAGCGCAAUAAUCUGCCAGACUACAAGGCUCGCUUUUACGAAACAUACCUCGCUCGCGUUCUGCAGGGGCACCGGACGCAUGGGGACGUUGAGCAGAAGAACAUCAUGGUCGUGGAGAAUUUAAGUCACCCAAACGAUCAAGGUGGGCGAUCGUUUGACGUCGCACUAGUCGAUUGGGAGAAUUCUGGUUGGUUUCCUGACUUCUGGGAAUUCUUUUGUGCAUCUGACCCCCUUCAUUUCCAGUGGGAAGAAGACUGGCCGUGGCAAGUCCAGGAGUUUGUCCAGGUAUGGCCUGCCGAGAUGGCCGUGAUGCAACUGAUUGACAAGGAUCUGGGCUGGUGAAGCACGUUGCUAUGUUUAGAUAUGCAACGUGUAGGAGGCUAUGGGAGAUUAAGUUUCAUCUGAUAAUCAGAAGACAAAUAGCGUUUACUGAGAUUGUAUAGAAACACUUGGA